AUGAUUUUGGGGACAGUAGGCAAUGCAAUCGAUUUAAUUAUCUUUACACGUCCAAAGCUUUUGAGCUCAUCAUGCACAUUAUAUUUUAUUGCUGCUUCGAUUGACAAUAUUGCGGCACUUUAUAUAGCAGUACUUUACAGACUUCUUAUUGAUGGAUUUUCUAUUGAUCUUGGAUCUUUCUCACCAAUAAUAUGUAAAUUAAGAGCUUAUAUUGGUUAUAUGUUUUUGGCUUUGUCACCUUAUCUUUUCAUCUUGAUUUGUUUUGAUCGAUAUUGUUCCAGUUCGCCGUCACAAGCACAUCGUUCUUGGAGUAAUAAAACAACAACUAAACGGUGUAUUUGUGGAGCAAUUAUUCUAGUUUCUAUUCUUUAUGUACACAUGCCAAUAUAUUUUCAAUUGCAGUCAAAUGGAUCAAAUGCAUUUUGUUAUCCUCAACAAGGAGUCUAUGAUUCAUUUUGGAGAAUAUUUUACGUAGUUAUCUACUGCUUUUUACCAUCAAUUGGUGUAAGUUUAUUAUGUUUUCUUAUAACAAUUAAUAUUCGUCGUCAAUCGCGUCAAGUUAGACCAGCAACAACAAAUGUAGAUGAUCUUCAUCGACGUCUUGAUCGUAAUUUAAUGCGAAUAUUAUUCUCACAUUUUUUAACACAAAUAGUGUGUGUACUACCAUUUGCUAUUGUGAAUCUUUUAGGCAUGUUUGUCAAUAGGAAUACGAUCAUGUAUACAUUUUUUAUACGAAUUCUUACACUACCACUAUUCGCUAGCUAUGCAACAAACUUUUAUGUAAAUACACUGUCAUCUCGACUUUAUAGAGGAGAAUUUAUGAAGUUAUUUUUUCAUUUUAUGUAUUGA